AUGCUGAGUAUCAGAACAAACACUGCUGCCAGACAGCUACGCCACAGAGUUCAAAUACGAACACUAGCUUCAGCUGCUGAUCUUACCACCAGAAUCCCAGAAGACUACAAGUCAAGAGUCCCUCCUUAUCCAAAAUUGGUUUCCAAGUUAAAUCAAGUUAAACAAAUCUUAAAUAAUACUCCAUUAACUUUAGCUGAAAAAAUUUUAUAUUCACAUUUGGUUAAUCCUGAGGAAAGUUUAGCCAAAGGUGAUGUUUCUCAAAUUAGGGGCCUUGAAUAUUUGAAAUUAAACCCAGACAGAGUUGCUAUGCAAGAUGCUUCUGCUCAAAUGGCUUUAUUGCAAUUCAUGACAUGUGGAUUACCAUCAACUGCAGUCCCUGCUUCAAUCCACUGUGAUCAUCUAAUCGUGGGUAAAGAUGGUGAGAAAAAAGAUUUAAAAUCUUCAAUCGCUACAAAUAAAGAAGUUUUCGAUUUCUUACAAAGUUGUGGUGAAAAAUAUGGUAUCCAAUUUUGGGGGCCUGGUUCUGGUAUCAUUCAUCAAAUCGUUCUAGAAAACUUUAGUGCACCAGGUUUGAUGAUGCUUGGUACCGAUUCUCAUACUCCAAAUGCUGGUGGGUUGGGUGCUAUUGCCAUUGGUGUUGGUGGUGCUGAUGCUGUUGAUGCCCUAACUGGUACCCCAUGGGAAUUAAAAGCUCCAAAGAUCUUGGGUGUCAAAUUGACUGGUAAAAUGAAUGGCUGGACUUCUCCAAAGGAUAUCAUUACUCAUUUAGCUGGUUUAUUAACAGUUAGAGGUGGUACUGGGUUUAUUGUCGAAUAUUUCGGUGAAGGUGUUGAAACUUUAUCUUGUACAGGUAUGGCAACCAUUUGUAAUAUGGGUGCAGAAAUUGGUGCAACAACUUCAACUUUCCCAUAUCAAGAAGCUCAUAAACGUUAUUUACAAUCAACUCAUAGAUCCCCAUUAGCUGAAGCUGCUGAUGAAGUCAAUGCCAAAUUUGGAUUCUUAAAAGCUGAUGAAGGUGCUGAGUAUGAUAAAGUUAUUGAAAUCAACCUUUCAACUUUAGAACCUCAUGUUAAUGGUCCAUUCACUCCAGAUUUAUCUACUCCAAUUGGUAAAUUUGGUUCUACUACAAAAGAAAACCAAUGGCCUGGAAAAGUUAGUGCAGGUUUAAUCGGUUCUUGUACAAAUUCCUCUUAUCAAGAUAUGUCAAGAGCUGUUUCAUUAGUUAAACAAGCUGAAAAAGCUGGUUUAAAACCAAAAAUUCCAUUUUUCGUCACUCCAGGUUCGGAACAAAUUAGAGCCACUAUUGAAAGAGAUGGUUUGAUUGAUACAUUCACUUCAAAUGGUGCUAUUGUCUUGGCUAAUGCUUGUGGACCAUGUAUUGGUCAAUGGGAUCGUGUUGAUAUCGACAAGAAAUCAAGUGAAACUAAUUCAAUUUGGACUUCUUUUAAUAGAAAUUUCAGAGCAAGAAAUGAUGGUAAUAGAAAUACUAUGAAUUUCUUAACUUCUCCAGAAAUGGUUACUGCUAUGAUAUAUUCAGGUGACUCAAAUUUCAAUCCAAUUACUGAUUCAAUUAAAACUCCAACUGGUGAAGAAUUUAAAUUUACUCCUCCAAAAGGUGAAGAAUUGCCAGGUCAAGGUUUCAUUGCUGGUAGAGAAGAAUUUUAUCCAGAAUGGGCUCCAAAACCUAACUCAGAAGUUUCCAUCAAUGUCAGUCCAGACAGUGAUCGUUUACAAUUAUUAGAACCUUUCAAACCUUUCAACGGUAAAGAAUUAAAACUUUCAGUCUUGUUAAAAGUUGAAGGUAAAUGUACAACUGAUCAUAUCUCUGCUGCUGGUGUUUGGUUAAAAUAUAAAGGUCAUUUAGAAAACAUUUCAUACAACACUUUAAUUGGUGCUCAAAAUAAAGAAACUGGUGAAGUUAACACUGCAUAUGACUUAGAUGGUAAAGCUCAUACCAUUCCUGAAUUAAUGAUCAAAUGGAAAGAAGAACAAAGACCAUGGUGUGUUGUUGCUGAGCAUAACUAUGGUGAAGGUUCUGCGAGAGAACAUGCUGCUUUAUCUCCAAGAUUUUUGGGUGGUGAAAUGAUUUUAGUCAAAUCAUUUGCAAGAAUUCAUGAAACUAAUUUGAAAAAACAAGGUAUGCUGCCAUUAACUUUUGCUAAUGAAGCUGAUUAUGAUAAAUUAAGCCAUGGUGACGUUUUGGAAACUGUGAAUUUGGUUGAUAUGCUAAACAAAAAUGGUGAUAAUGGUGGUAUUAUUAAAGUCAAAGUUACCAAGUUGAAUGGUGAAACUUUUGAAAUUGAUACUAAGCACACAAUGUCAAAAGAUCAAGUUGAUUUUUUCAAAGCUGGUUCUGCAAUUAAUCAUAUUGGUAACUUACGUCGUGCUGAAGCUGCCAGAAAGCAAUAG